AUGUCAGAAGAGAAGGGCUACGGCUUCAUCGAGUGCCAGGAGACCUUUGAACUGUUCAGCAGCGACGUGCAUGCGGACCUCCCGCUUCUGCAUGAAUGCUCCCUGGGCCAGCCGGUGAAGUUUCGCAUCAGGCUGGGGCAAAUUGGUGGACGCCCACAAGUGCGCAAGCUCUCCGUGGCUGGUCCGCCGCCAGACCACCUACCAGCCACGUGCCCCUCACUGGGUAAGCAUGUGCUUUCCUGGGCAUGGCGGGCAAAGGCGCUGCUGCUAGGCGAAGGUGAUUUCACUUUUGCAGCUGCCGCAGCCACCAUUCACACGGAGUCCAAGUUGGACGCGACAGUUGUGCUUCAGGAAGAUCAGUGGAAGGAGCGCUUCCCAAACCACCACGAGGUUUUGGAAUUGCUUGGAGAGCUGGGACACACUGUUCGAUUCGGGGUGGAUGCGAAGCAGGCGGAUUGUGCAAACUACUCCAUGGUCAUCUUCAACUUCCCAGCUAUAUCCGCGCAAGAGGAACCAUCACCUGAUGAACCAAGUGACGGCCGUAGAAAGCUAUCUGCCAGCGGAGAGCUGGCAUUUCGAUUUCUGAUGAAUGCCAAGGCUUCAGCAGACGUUGGGACGCUCUUGGUGCUUGGUUUAUGGGGGCGUUGUGAUGGCGGUGCAGACACCAGACUUUAUGGCCAGGACUGCCAUGAGCUGGUGGCAUCGGCUCUAGCCCAAGAUGGUGCAAGGUCCCUGGAGGAUGCGUUGCCAGAUGGGUACUCGCGAUUUGGUGUGCACGCGGAUUACGGCUUCUACAGCGACUUUGAGAAGGCGGGAUAUUCUUUCCGCACAAACUGCCUUGCUUCUUUCGAAAGCUCGCACAAAGAGUGGCAUUCACAGGACAAGCUAGUCGAAGAGUCACGGCCUAUUCGUCGAGGUGUCUCUGAAAGUGAGCUCAAGCAGCUGCGGAGACAAGGCCUUGAUGGCCCCAAAGACCGGGCCAAGGAUUUCGCCAAUGUUGGAGAAGACGAGGAGGUAGGCGACCUCAGCCAGAUCGCCAGUUCUGAGCCCGUGCAGUUGCGAACCGUUGCAACCAAAGAAGUUGCUGAUGUAACGCCGGAUCAAACAAGGACGCCUUCUCGGAAUGUAUCUCCAUCACGUUCUUCGAGGCACGCAGUGCACGGAAUAUGGUUCGUGGUGCUUUGCUUCAUCAUUCUGGACGCCCUCAAACCGAUACUUGUGACUUGGGCUCACCAGUCGCAUGCUGAAGGAAAGCCUGGCUUCAUCCAGGGAACUUUUGUCCUGGUUCAGACAGCACUAUCCCUACUGGUGGGCCUGUGCAUCGCGCUAAGACCUUCGAUCUACUGCCGCCGGCCACACUUCAGGCUUCAUCCUUUCUGGAGGGCCAGAGUUCGCAGAUGCCUCGACAUGAAGGUGGUGGUGUGGCAGCUGCCCGUGUCCGCAUGCCUAUGCUUGAGCAAACUGCUUCUGGUCUACGCACUUAGUCGCCUGGAUGCAGGCCGGGGCAGACAUGUUCCUCACACUUAA